GGCGCAAACGUUUUGGCGCCAAUUUGAACCUUUUAUACUGCUCUUCGCUCCCUCCAGUUCUUAGCGAAGCUUCCAAUUCAUCGCGAAAAAUGCAGCGCCAGAAAUCUUUGUUAUCCUUCUUCCAAAAAUCUCCGUCCGAUAAACGGAUCUCCGAUGGCGGUGCCUCCUCCAUCGGCCAGCGGCUCACUCGAUUUCCGGCGAAACAAGGCGUUUCUGGUUUGGAGCAGCCGGCUAUCAAAACCACCGCGGAUCCCUCACUGGAGAUCAGAGGAACCGACACUCCGCCGGAGAAGGUUCCCCGCCAGAUUUUGCCGGUGAUUGAGAAGAACAAAGGUUCUUCUCUCUUUUCGAGCAUCAUGCACAAAUUUGUGAGAGUUGACGAUAAACGUAAGGCGCAUCAGAGGGAUGAGGUUCAAAAAGAUUCCUCUCAUGACGAGGUUCGUAGAGAUUCCUCUCAGUUAUGUUCCAUUUCUGGUAAGGUUAAUGAUUCAAAAGAAUUUCAGAGGCAAGAGGUAGCUUCUGCACAUCACGAUAAACUCAACGCUGCAAAUUUAAACGGAAUUAGAGGACCUAUCUUGGUAAUUGUAAGCGAUGAUGAGAUUCCUGGACCUGAAACUCCCGGUAUGAAACCUUCUGUCUCCCGUUUGAAGAGAUCUCAAGAGGAUUUUCUAGAGGAUGCGAGUGGUCGUUGUUUUCAGGAGACUACCAAAAGAGUUAAACUCCUUCAGGAUUCAAUAAACUCAAACAAGAUUCACAACGAAGUUUCUGAUGCAACUAGCAAAUUUGAGUGGCUCAAUCCCUCUCAAGUCAGAGAUGCUAAUGGUAGAAGGCCUGGCCACCCUCUAUAUGAUAAGAAAACAUUAUACAUUCCACCUGAUGUGCUGAAGAAAAUGUCAGCGUCACAAAAACAAUACUGGAAUGUGAAAUGUCAAUAUAUGGACGUUUUGCUUUUCUUCAAAGUGGGGAAGUUCUAUGAGCUAUAUGAACAAGAUGCUGAAAUUGGUCACAAGGAGCUUGACUGGAAAAUGACAUUAAGCGGUGUUGGGAAAUGUAGGCAGGUUGGUGUUCCUGAAAGUGGGAUUGAUGAUGCUGUUCAAAAGCUUGUUGCUCGUGGAUAUAAAGUUGGGCGAGUUGAGCAGUUGGAAUCUUCGGAUCAAACAAAAACCAGAGGUGCAAAUUCUGUGAUACCUAGGAAAUUGAUACAGGUUGUCACUCCGUCAACCAAGGUUGAUGGUGACAUUGGGCCUGAUGCUGUUCAUUUGCUUGCCAUAAAAGAGGUGAGCUGUGGGCUGGAUAGUAAUUCAAUUGCAUAUGGGUUUGCUUUUGUUGAUUGUGCUGCUUUAAAAUUUUGGACGGGUGUUAUCAAAGAUGAUGCUUCCUGUGCUGCUCUGGGCGCUCUCUUGAUGCAAGUGUCUCCAAAGGAAAUAAUAUAUGAAGCUAGAGGACUAUCUAAAGAAACACAGAAAGUUCUCAAGAAGUUCUCGCCAACUGGUUCCACUGCUCUAGAAUUUACAUCAGGGUCUCCAGUUACAGACUUUUUAGAAGCUUCAGAGGUUAAACUUUUGAUCCAGUCUAAAGGAUAUUUUAAAGGCUCCCUAAAUUUGUGGAAUCAUACAGUCGAAGACACAGUCCAUGAUGAUAUUGCUCUAUGUGCUCUUGGAGGCCUUAUUAGUCAUAUGUCAAGGAUGAUGUUAGAUGAUGUCUUGCGGAAUGGAGAAAUACUGCCAUACCAAGUCUACAGAGGCUGCCUAAGAAUGGACGGACAAACAAUGGUCAAUCUUGAAAUUUUCAGAAACAAUGAUGAUGGUGGUCCAUCAGGUACACUGUACAAAUAUCUUGAUAACUGUGUGACAUCAUCAGGAAAGCGGCUUUUGAGGUUAUGGAUCUGUCAUCCUCUUAAAGAUGUUCAAGAGAUAAAUAUUAGGCUCAAUGUAGUGGAAGAACUGAUGGCAGAAUCUGAAGUUAUGUUACUUCUUGGUACUUAUCUCCGCAAGCUUCCAGACUUGGAGAGGUUGCUUGGGCAGAUUAAGGCCACUGUUCAGUCAUCUGCUUCUCUUAUAUUACCAUUGAUUCGCAAAAAGUUACAGAAACGGCGGGUGAAACUAUUCGGAUCUCUGGUGAAGGGCCUCAGGACUGCACUUGAUUUAUUGAUUCAAGUCCAGAAGGAAGGUUACAUCAUUUCUCUAUCAAAAGUAGUAAAACUUCCACUGGUCAGUGGCAGCGGUGGGCUCGAUCAAUUCCUCUCUCAAUUUGAAGCAGCUGUAGAUAGUGAAUUUCCAAAUUAUCAGAAUCACGAUGUAACGGAUUCCGAUGCUGAAAGACUCUCUAUUCUGAUCGAGUUAUUUGUAGAAAAAGCCACGGAAUGGUCUGAAGUUAUUCAUGCCCUGAAUUGCAUUGAUGUGCUGAGAUCUUUUGCAGUUAUUGCUCAUUCGUCUGGAGGAUCUAUGUCUAGACCUGUUAUUUUGCCUCAAUCAAAUAAUACAACGUUGAUCACUGAAAAGCAAGGGCCAGUUCUUAAAAUUAAUGGGCUGUGGCAUCCGUAUGCCCUUGUGGAGAACGGAGAAACACCUGUCCCAAAUGAUAUAAUCCUUGGCCCUGAUCAAGAUGGCUACCAUCCCCGUACUCUACUGCUAACUGGACCAAACAUGGGUGGGAAAUCAACACUUCUUCGUUCCACUUGUCUGGCUGUUAUACUUGCACAGUUGGGUUGCUACGUGCCCUGCGAGACAUGCACACUCUCGGUCGUGGAUAUAAUCUUUACGCGACUCGGUGCUACUGAUCGAAUCAUGACAGGAGAAAGUACAUUCCUUGUUGAAUGCUCGGAAACAGCUUCAGUUCUGCAACAUGCUACUCAACAUGCUCUUGUUAUUCUUGACGAACUUGGCCGAGGAACCAGCACAUUUGAUGGCUAUGCCAUUGCAUAUGCUGUGUUCCGCCAUCUGAUCGAAAAGGUGAACUGUCGGCUUCUGUUCGCUACUCACUACCAUCCUCUUACAAAGGAGUUUGCCUCUCAUCCUCAUGUCGUGCUUCAACACAUGGCCUGCACAUUCAAGGACCAGGAGUUGGUUUUUCUAUACCGCCUUAACUCCGGGCCGUGCCCCGAGAGUUAUGGGUUGCAAGUAGCAGCCAUGGCUGGAAUCCCGGGGCGAGUUGUCGAAGCUGCUUCAAGAGCUAGCCAAGUACUGAAGAAAACCAUCAAAGAGAACUUCAGAUCGAGUGAGCAACGAUCGGAGUUUUCGACUCUCCAUGAAGAGUGGUUGAAAACUCUAAUCACAGUCUCAGAGUUUCGAGGUAAUGAUCUUGACGAUACUGAUGCUUUUGAUACAUUAUUUUGUUUAUGGUAUGAGCUUAAGAAAUCAUAUCACAGCUAGGUUGGUGAAGCAUGACUUAGGACAUUUCUUCUAUGAAGUUUUCAUCUAAUGCCAUAGUUUUAGGUUAGAAUUUU